UCUGUCUCAAUCUGACAGGCAACAUCCUCUAUAGGAAGAGACAAUACGGUUCAGAGCGCUGCAGAUAACUGGUCCACUUUGAUGCUGGAAUUUUCCUUUAUCUUUGGCUGUAGACCUAAAUCUAUCCAGGAUGGUGGAGAUUCUGCGUGUCUGUGUGUUUAUGGUCAGUCUACUGACACUAAAGGACCCCACUAUCUUUGAAGAGGAGGAGGAUGACGAUGAUAUCAUUGUGGAUAUUCCAGCGCAGGAGAAUCUGUUGCAGAAGGAGGAGGCAAUACUGGAGCAGGAAGAUCCUGGUGUUCACUCUGUCAGUGAAGAUCUGCUGCAGGCAUCACAACAUCAUCAAAUUAAGUGGAAAGAGGAGCGUGAGGAGAUAGAUCUUCAGCUAAGUGCCAAAGAAGAAGAGCAAAAGCAACCAGUGGAAGACCAGAGUGGUUUGCACCAUGAGUCAUCAACAGAAAACAGUUAUUAUGACUUAGAGACUGGCAACACUUUGGACAAAGAGUCACAACAGGCUCCACAUGUAGAUAACACACCUUCUCUGCUAGACAAGGACCCCUCUUCUGGAGAAGAGAUACAAUCUGUAAUUGAACAUGGUGGCAAGAAUGAAAGCAACAAAGUUCUGCCAACUGGAAAUGAGAUCCCGAGCCAAGAGGAUGCGGUGUCUGUGCACAAGAAGGAAGUCCAAAUCGAUUAUAUACAGGCACUGGAUGACAAUCUAGUAUCCUCAUCAUCAACUCAAAAUUCUCAAAAGGAUUUGGAUCAGAUAAAGAUGACUGAUAAACAAAAGUCACCUGAAGAGAACAAGGAAAAUCUUCAGAAGCAUCAGAAGUCAUUUUUUCAGCGAGCAGUAAAUGGACUCCUACGAGGAUGGUUCCAAGAUUCGCAAGACAAGCAUACAGAAUCUGAUAACGAAUCUUUUGAAGGAGGUACACAGCAGCAACUGCAGGUUACGCAACAGACUGAAGAGAUGUCACAGACAGAUGAGAGACUAUCUAAGGUACAUCAAAGACAUGCUAGGACUUCUAAUGAGCCAUCAAACGCAGAUCCCUCCAGCGCAAGCCAAGUACAAGGGGCCACCAAGAGGGCAGAGAACACCUACAUCUGGUAUUUCUUGAACUUCCUUUCACUUGUGCAACUGAUUCGUCUUCUCCCAAAAUUCAUCAGCAAAAUCUUAAAAGUGUCAGGAAUUAGGAGAGAGGAUUCUCUUGUCCUGGAAGGCAAGACACUCUCUGAACCAGUUCUCUUGAACAUAUCAGCCAGGAUGUCCCUUCUAGACAACAAAGUUUUGAGUUGCUUUCACAAACAGUGCGUCCAAACACCUCUCUGCACACGCGAGCGUAUAUGCGACUUCGUAGAGGGUUUUGUGAAUGAACUUCUGGAAGCUGCAAGAAACACAACAAAAGACAACAAAGGAACAGAUUUGCAGAUUGGCGACCCUAUUGGUGUAGGGAGCUUGUAUGAGCUUUGGGCCACAGGCAAGACAAUGGUGUGCGAUUUGUACGUACCCAUCACCGCGCCACGCUCGUACAGUUUUGAGUUCGAACUUGAUAUGCCAAGCCAUGGCAAAAUCAAGAUGGUGAAAGCUGAAAGCACGUCCAAUGGCUGCCCUUGUGCCAACGGAGUGGCGGAUGAAGAUAUGUUGUGCCUUCUUCAUUCCCAUAAUGAGACAAGCAAGAUCGUAGAUGCUGUUGGUGGUCCACUGUGCCAGGAGAAUACAUCGUAUCUUUCCAGAACACAAGUAGUCCAAUGGUUCAGGAAAAGAAUUUGCAAAGCAUGGCAAGAAAAUAGUCACAAGUAUGAGUUUGAGCUAGCAUUCAGAAACCAGGCUGCACCCGGUGCUCUGAAGGUUCGACUCCGGUCAAGGCAAGUCAUUCUGUUCAACCUCACUCCUGUUGUCCAGAUAAAAGGCUCAGAACUUUACUUACUCACAUUUCUUCCUUUAAAUCAAUCAACCAACUUCGCAGACACCCACUGGCCUGUUUCUCUGGCUAGCUAUGAGAAGGCCCUUCUUAAGCAUUUCAACCAAAGCCUUCUAAAUGAUUCUUGUCACAUUUCCUGUCUUCAGAUCCUCUCUUUUCUGCACAAGCAGCAAAUUAUCCUGACAGGAAAAUGCGGACUUAAAAGUUACCACCUGAAAAUGGCUCUUCUUCAUCUGCUUUUAGCCAACAAACCUGAAGAUUGGAAGAGCGAUCAGUUAGCCUGCCGAUUAACUGAUAUGCUAACGUUUCUUGCCCAGAGGCUUCGAGAAGGCAAGCUCCACCACACUUUAGUCAAAAACUCUCUCGUUCCAAGCGACAUUGGACUUCCUAAAGAUGUUCAGUCAGCCAAACCGAUCAAUAUUUUUCUGCCACUGCUUUCUGACAGACGUUUAUACCUGAGAACUGUUGAACACUUACAGGAACUGGUGAAAAAUGCUCCUGUAGUCAUACAGGAAUACGUUUCAAGGGACUGCUCAGGGUUAUCCAUGAAUUAGGGCAGAAAUCUGCUCAUGAUGGUCAAUAUUAAUAAAUAUUGUCCCGUUGUCUCCACAGCCUAGCUUUUAAAUGUCCAAAACUGUGUAACAAUACAUUUUUGAAGAUUUCUUCUAUAGAAAAAUGGUACCCUAACCUUUUAUACAGUUUACUAUGAUGUUUUUAUGCAAUGUCCACAGUGCUGGUAAAAUAACAUUUUUAAAUUAUUUUUUCCUAAAGUUUUGAAUUAUUAAUUUACAUGUGUCCAUAAAAUAAAACCAAGCUUUUUAAAUGGGUCUUAAAAAUUUCCUGUUCACCUUGUCACUUUGCGAUAACUGGCCCUUUAAGAAAGUAAUCUUUGACAUCAGUCACAUCACAACCUGCAUGCUUUUUUGUUUUCAAGGGACCGAAACACUUAAAUGUUCAAUUAAUAACAAUUUCUCUUAAUAAUGUUCAUAUUGUU